CCCCACAUCCUCUUAUGAAUAAUACUUUUUUUUUUAUAAAAAAAAGAAAAAUCCCUUUAAAAUUCCAUUCCCUUUAAAAAAUCUUACCUCAUUGUAUGUUCUAAUAUGUUUAAAUUAUACCUCCAAAACUAAAUCCCCUCUUUUUUCAUUCCCUUUUACCUUUAAUUUGAAAAAAAGCUUGAAUUAAUCCUCCAAAAGGGGAUUAUAAAUUCAUUAAAACUGUCAAAAUACAAUAAAAAUUCAUCAAAUUAAAUCAAGAUCAUGUUUUUGUCCCUUCUUUGAUCAAAUUAAGAAGGGGACAAACAUUUAUAAGGAAUCCUCUUACAAUGGUAAGAGCCUUUGAUCGAAGCAAAACAUCAUCUUUUAAAUUCAGAAAAAUGUUCGAUAGACAAUCAAGUGAAUCAAAAACUUCAACUUCCGUGGAAGCUCAACAAUUAGUUAGUUCUCCUAUUUCAUCUUCCCCUAAUAAAAUCCGUUCGGUUUCUCGGAAAGAAACUUUUGUUCAUAAUCGUGGUCGGAAACCAGUAACAGAAAUUGAAUUGAUGAAGGAAAGGUUUACAAAGCUGUUGCUGGGUGAAGAUAUGUCUGGUGGUGGUAAAGGCGUUGCUUCUGCUUUGGCAUUGUCGAAUGCCAUUACUAAUCUUGCAGCAUCUGUGUUUGGAGAAACAAAGAAAUUAGAGCCAAUGCCUGCAGAUAAGAAAGUAAGGUGGAGAAAAGAAGUUGACUGGCUCUUAUCAGUCACUGAUCAUAUUGUUGAACUUGUGCCUUCCCAACACCAAGCCGCCGACGGUUCCUUUAUGGAGAUUAUGGUAACAAAACAACGAUGCGAUCUCCUUGUUAACAUCCCAGCAUUACGAAAACUCGAUGCUAUGCUUCUUGACUGCUUAGAUAACUUUCAAGGGCAGACAGAGUUUACAUAUGUGGAUUCCAAGGAUUUAAGUGAGGCUGACAAAGCCGCCAGUCGAGACGGUGAUAAGUGGUGGAUACCAACAGUCAAGAUUCAACCAGGUGGCCUAUCAGAUACUACAAAGAAAUGGAUACAACAACAAAAAGAUGCUGUAAACCAGGUUCUGAAAGCAGCCAUGGCUAUCAAUGCCCAAGUGCUCUCAGAAAUGGAAAUCCCAGAAAGUUACAUUGAGUCACUUCCGAAGAACGGACGAGCAAGCCUUGGUGACAUAAUCUACAAGAGCAUUACAGAUGAAUUCUUUGAUCCAGAUGGUUUAUUAUCAUCCAUGGAUUUGACAUCAGAGCACAAAGUUCUUGAUUUGAAGAACAGGAUUGAGGCCUCAAUAGUGAUAUGGAAGAGGAAGAUGGUUCAGAAAGAUGGGAAAUCAUCGUGGAGUUCAUCUAUAAGCAUGGAGAAAAGAGAGCUGUUUGAGGACAGGGCUGAAACUAUGCUACUCAUACUUAAACAUCUUUUUCCUGGGCUUUCUCAAUCCUCACUUGACAUAUCCAAAAUCCAAUUUAAUAAGGAUGUGGGACAUGCGGUAUUGGAAAGUUACUCAAGGGUACUAGAAAGUUUAGCUGCAGCCAUCUUGAAUAGGAUAGAUGAUGUUAUUUACGCGGAUAAUGUAGCUGCAAAAACAGCAGCAUCAGAAUCAGCAUCAACAGGGAAUGACGAGGAAGACGAACUCUCUCCAGGCACGCCAACAUCCAUGACAUUAUUGGAUUUAAUGAGUUGGAAUAUCGACCAAGGAGGUGAAGAUGCAAAUAUGAACUCGAGUGAUUUUGAUGAACAAAGUGAUCAAAAGAUCAUGGCAAAGAUUCAACCCGAAAACAAACGUAUAUCAUAUCUCGAGAAGCUUGAGAAUUGGGGCGGCCUAAGAAGUCCAACAGCAAGACAUUAACCAAGGGAACAAUAUGGCUCAAUAAAAAUGAAGCCACAAAGAGAACUGGAGCUAAAUUAAAGCAUAUAGAAAAGGAAUUAUGUGUAUAGAUAUGAGGUUUAUGAUGAGGUAGUCCUUUAGGGGUUCUUCCUUCCUAUGAUAGGACAGGGAAGUUUCAGCACUUUAACUAGUUUUACAAAGGUGGGUGCUUUUUGGGGUUGUUUCUGGCUUCCUGACUUGUAGCUAGUGUAUAUGAUAUCCCUAACUAUCAAAGGGCAUACUUUAUUGAGCCCUAGUGUGUUGUAUAAUUUUGAACUAGUCUUAUUAUUUUUGUGACCAAAUCUUCUAACUUGUAU